AUGCAGCGUGCUGAAGACGAUGAGAACGACGAGACUAGCAGUUUCAGUGGUCGUGCUGAUAAUAAUAACGAUACUAAGGCUGAAGUCAGCAAUAUGAAAAAGCAACCGAGGUGUACCGAGAACGGCGUUGAGGUAAACAUGAAAGAGGAAAUUGAUAAGCUGAGAGCGGAACACGAGGCGAUGGUUUUGAAUUUACAAUUGGAUCACGAUGCGGAGGUAAGGAAUAUACACAUAUUCUACGAGUCAAGGAUUGGUGAACUGCAAAUUAAUCAUGGGAUGACAGUCGAUAACCUACAAAGAGAUCAUGAGUCAUUAGUCUUCCAUUUGCGAAGUUUAAAUUUUGAACAGGGAAUACGCCAAGAAGCCGCGCUGAGAAGCAUGCGCGACCUUAAGGACAAGAUGCGUAGAGAUCAUGACGAAGAAGUGCAGCGUAUGCGCUUACAAUAUGAUAAUUUGGUCAGAAAGUACACAAUUGAGAUUAAUAGUUUAGUUGAAGAAAACAAACUACUCUGCUCCGAGCACGAGAGUGUGCUUCGAGCUUUGCAUGGGACAACCCAAGUUUUUAAAGAAAAUAUGAAGAGCUCAACGAAUAGUAAUAUUCUGGCUGAAAGUGGUGCCAUGAUAAAGCGUUUGCAGAGUAUGUACAAAAAUUCUUCACUGGAAUUAUCAAGCACAUACCCCGAGCAAAAUGGAACUGAAGUCGAGGGACUUCAGCUUACCGAGGAGGCUACCAUUAUAGCAGCACAGCUGCAGACAAUCGACGGCGUCGGUCACGAAGAUUCCGAUGCCGACACCACAACGAGCAGUAUCGGUGACGACGGCGUCGACACCACAACGAGCACUAUCGCUGAUGACGACGCCGUAGACAUGGUAAAGUCACAAGACACUAUGGUACAAAAAACUGUAGAAGAUUGUCAGAAGUUAUUUUAUGAUACGGCACAAAAGCUGAGCCUGUUUCAAGGGUAUGUUUUCAGCAAGGAAUCAAAUUUUUCGCCUCAGACGGACUACCUACAGCAACAGCUGGAUGACUUUGAAGAAGACGCCCAUAGUCCACAAAACAGUCAUGACAACAGUAAAUAUAAAGACCAGGACUCCGAGGACGAAAAUUAUGCUGUCGCAGUGGCGGUUAAAUUAUUAUCUAACAGUAAAUAG